CAUCAUCAUCAUCAUCAUCAAAUCUUACUAAUUUUCGUAGAAUAAUUCAUUUAUCAGAAAUAAAAUCUGUUCAUUAUGUUAUAUCAUUAAUAUCUUCAACUGAAUCAUCAAUUAAAAAUAUUCAUAAUACAACAUAUUAUCGUCUUAUUAAUCAAGAAUUUUAUUUUAUUGAAAAUUCUCAUUUAUAUACAGGGUAACAUGGACAGUCUUGGGAUGGCGCUUAUUUUCGUGACACUAUCCUUCGACAACAGGUGAUCCCAUUUCUUCGUGAUUCGUCCAAUGUUCUCGAUACGAACGAAGUGAUAUUUCUUCACGACAAGGCACCUUGUAUGAAAGCGAAUGCAACACAACAUCUUUUAGAAGAUAAGAAUGUGAAUUUCUGGGGAAAUUCAAUUUGGCCAGGCAAUAGUCCUGACAUGAAUCCUGCAGAAAAUAUUGGUGCAAUUAUUAAAGAUAAAGUUGAGGAACUAAUGGCAAAUGAAGAUCGUCGUAGCAGAUACAAUUACGAUGCACUGAAAACGAAUUUGGAGAAUACGCUCAAAGAUCUUGAAAAUGAUACAGAUCUUUUUAUUGACUUGUUAUGCUCGAUGCGAAAAAGAUUUGAUGCUCUCAAGGCUGCUGAUGGGGGUCAUACGAAGUUCUGA